UAUUUUCAUUUACGUUGCACAUGGUCAGAGUAAAGAUGGCGGCGAAUGUGCCCGUUGUUGCAGUUCGGGGAUCAACGGGCAUUUCAAUCAGUUUGGGUCCACCCAGUUAUGAUCUUGUCUCAUCGUUUGCAAGAGAGGACAGCAAAACAUGCAGGACUAUGGCAUUCGAUCCAACUGGAAAAUACUUUGCCUGGGCGAACGGAACAUGUGUGAAGAUUGCCAGCACAAACACGUGGAAAGUGUUGGCAGAAAUUCCAAGACCAAAAGUUUCCAAUAUCACCUUCUCACCAAAAGGGACAUACAUCAUGACUUGGGAGCAGUACAUGGUUACCCCAGCAAAUCCACAGGGAGGACCAAAUCUUUACAUCUGGAAGUCGGACACUGGAGAUUUAAUAAAAGAAUUUGUGCAAAAGAAGCUUUCUGGCUGGGAACCACAAUGGAGCCAGGAUGAGAAGAUAUGUGCCCGAAUUGUGAACAAUGAUGUUCUUUUUUAUGAAAAUGCUAAUUUUAAUGCAGUUGCAAAUAAGAUUCAUAUUCAGAAGGUGGAAAACUUUAGUCUUGCUCCUGGUACUCCACCAUACCACGUCCUCUGUUAUUGUCCUGGAAAAUCUGGACAACCAUCCUUUGGCAGACUAUUUCAGUAUCCGAAAUUUGACAGCAACAGUUCCUUAGCAAACAAGAGCUUCUUCCAGGCUGAUAAAGUUGAAAUGAUGUGGAAUAAGAAAGGAAAUGGUGUGCUGCUAAUGACAAGUACAGAGGUUGACAAAUCAGGAUCCUCAUAUUAUGGAAAACAAGCUCUUCAUUUUAUCAGCACUAAAGGCGAAACUGCGAUGGUUUUGCUUAGUAAAGAAGGUCCAAUUUACAGUGUGGAGUGGAGUCCGAAGGGCAAUGAAUUCUGUGUUAUUUAUGGUUUUGUUCCUGCGAAAGCUACUUUAUAUAAUAUCAAAUGUGAACCAGUAUUUGAUUUUGGCACAGGACCUCGUAAUUGUGUGCAUUACAAUCCUCAUGGGAAUAUUCUUUUGCUGGGAGGCUUUGGUAAUUUGCAAGGCUAUGUAGAAAUCUGGGACACACAAGCAAAGAAGCUGAUAACAAAAAUGAGUGCCCCUGAUACAACAUUACUCUUAUGGUCACCAGAUGGUGAACAUUUCAUGACUGCCACAACUGCUCCACGGCUCAGAGUGGGCAAUGGAUUUAAAAUAUGGCACUACACUGGUUCGUUGUUGUAUGAACGCCCUUGGAACAAACAAGAAGAAUUAUGGGAGGUCCUCUGGCAGCAGUUUCCUCAAGGAGUAUUUAAGGAACCUCCAAUCAGUUACAAACCUGUAGAAGGAAUUCAGCCUAGCCAGACUCCAGCCUCAACUCAAGUAUACAGACCGCCAUCAGCUCGUGGCAGGGAGAGCAACUUUCGGCUACAUGAAGAUGAACCACCAACCAACCUUAAACCAGAGUCCAACCCAUCCAAAGCUGCCUUGAAACAAAAAAAGAAACGAGAAGCCAAGAAGGCACGGAAAGAGCAAGACAAUUCUCAGGUUGUUACAAAUGGAGAAUCAGCUCCAGUAACAUCACACACAGUGAAGCUCCCACCUGCAAUUGCAGAAGUGGAAAUGCCCGAUGAUCCCGAGAAAAGCAAGAAAAUCAAGAAGAUAAAGAGUAAGCUGACUGAAAUAUCACGCCUGAAGGAGCAACGUGCUGCAGGUCGCCAGCUGGAACUCAAUCAGCUCGAAAAGAUUAAAAAGGAAGAUGAGCUGCUCAAGGAAUUGCAGAGCCUCGUCUUGUGAUAGUGGACCAGUGGUUACAGUUUGAGGGCUUCCGACAUGACAAAACGAUAUACGGCUCGGGUUGUGCAAUCUCAAAAUGUUGCCAACUCGUAAACAAAAAGUUCCCGCACAGUUGAAAGCAAACAGUACACCUCCAAACUUAUGUCAUUGAUUUCACAUCAAUAUUGAGCAAAAAUGAACUGUCAAUUGCUUUGCCUGACUCAUCGCUACAGUUCAGAAAGUAUUUUUUUGUUUGUGUAAUUAUUUUUGGAUAUCUAAUUGUGUUAUAGAAACAGCUGGAAAAUCAGUCUUCUUUUAUUUUCUUGAAGAGGUAUGUAUGCAGUUUAUACUUGGUGCUUUGAUGUGAAUUACUUUGCCUGUUGUUUGUGGACGUAUCAGUAUAAAUUUUCUUUUGUGAUAUAGUGAAUAGUGUUGUUAUGGGACUUAGCUUUACAUUGAUUUGAAAAGUAAUGUUCAAACAAUGUAAAGAAUACAUGAAAUGGAUUAAAAUUAUACUAUAUUAUUACUGAUUGGGUGGUGCUACAUAUUCUCUAUGAGAGUUACACAUUUUAUUAUACUUUAAUGAAAAUUUAUAUGUACAUAAUUUUACUCUGAAGUUUAGAAACAAAUGACCUGAACAAGAAUAAAAGUGAGUGUGUAACUGAGUAAUUUUGGAUGUGAACAACUAAGACCAAAACAAAACAUUUGUGGAGCACAUUCAGUAGUAGAACAUAGUCAGGCAUUUGGUCUCUGUUGGAAUUGCUUAUGCCGGAUCAAAAUGUGAAAUUUGUAUGAUACAUGGAAAUAGAUAAAUACAGAAAAGAUUCCUUUAUAUAUUGCUGAGGAGUGUAUUUUGUCAAUGUCAAGCUGAUUCGUCACGUAAUGAUCUUUUUAAGAUGUAUUUAAGUACUGGAACAGUCCAUUAAAACAAAUAUAAAUUAUAGCUGUUAGAUAUGUAUAUUAGCUGACAAGAAAUAUGAAAAAAUUACAGUAGGAAAACUUAUUUAUGUACUGUCCUAAAUGUAAAUCUAAAUUCAGAUUUUGUGUCCUCAUGUAACUUUCUAUAUGAGAGUAUAAUAGUAAUUUUCCUGUAUAAAGUCUAGAGCUUGCUCUAUGUAUUUUUUUCAUUUUGUGAUAGUAAACAAAAUUUCUGAUCAUGUUAUUUUGCCCAGUUUGCAAACAUAAAUGUAUACUGGAGUGCUUAAUUUGUAUUCUGAAUUUUGUGAUUGGUAUUACUUUAAUUUAAUAGCUCAUUUGAACAUAGAAAAAGGCAGUGACAUUCAGUUGUUUAUCAGUGUUGCAACAUACAUAUGUCUUCAUAUGAAUAGUAGCUUAAAUAAGUUCAUUGCAAAAUAUAUUUUUAUAUACAUAUAUAUCUAUAAAUAUGAUGUGUAUAGAUGGCGUUGAUGAGUCCAUGAACAUAGUUAUCUAAGCGCAGUUUUGUUUCUUUUCAGAUUUAAAAUUUUUGAUGUAUUAUAGUGAAUCCUCAAACUGGAAAAGAAUAUAAAACAAAAUACGAUAACAUCUUGUCGACAUUAAUUGUCAACAGUUUCAAAGAAACUGUGUUAUGUUCGCAUGUGAAACUUCUCACCAUCCUUUGGGUUUGAAUAAAAUAUCUGAUAAUGAACUUUGCAAUUGCUUUGCCAGAUUAUUGUUUAUUCUUCUUUCUUCUUCCUCUUUUUUUAUGUAUAAAAUUUUCCAUAUUGUAAUUUGGAAAUUGAUACAUUAUGCAGUACAGUAAUUAUGGUUGCAAGUGACAGAAAUUAUGUACCUAUUAUGAUUAUUUAAAUGGCUGUGUGACAUUUUAUGUAUAUUGAGUCGGCAUGUUAUGUACAGGAAUUGUGUUAAAAUCAGCACUUAAUUAAAAGAAGGCAGUAAAUUGGAGUAAUUUUUCUUUCAGCAAGUGUUACUAAUACUUUUAUAUAGAAAGUGGGCAUAAUUCACGUAAUUGGUGCUGAUUUACCUUUGUUUCCUGCAUGCUGCAUUUUUUUAUUAUUGUUGUGAAAAGAAAAUUCAAAUAAUACUGCUGUGUGCGAGACAGCUGAGGGGUAGGUACGUAAUCAAUACGAAUUUCAGAACAGACUUUUUUUUACAUUAAGAAUCUCAUUCAUAACUUCUUUGUACUUCAGGAUCUGAUGAUGCUCUAUAAAAAUAAAAAACUGAUUUGCAGUG